AUGGAAAGUUAUGAUCCCCCUGCUGAAGUUCAGCUUCAUCGAAAUGUUCAUUUGACCAAAAAUGAAUCAGAAGAGGAGAGAAUAAUUAGAAAAAGAAAGAAACAAGUUGAUUACAGAGAAAGAUUAAAGAAGCUCAAGUCUGAUCAAAGAAGCAUUCUUAAGCAAUUAAGAGUGGAACAAGGGAUUGAUAAAGACGAGCCAGAUGAAAUAGGUAUCCAGCAGAAAGAAGAGCUUGCAAAUAAUCUAAACGGACUUUCUCAAACUUUACACCAACAAAUGGAAGCGGCUAGGCUAAAAUUCAUAGAAGAAAAGGCUAAAUAUGAUGGCAUCCAAGUCAUUAUCCCUCCUAAUUGAGAAGAACUUCAGCCUGAGCCUGCUAGAAAUUAUUAUGGCAUGCUUCUUCAAGAAGAAGAAGAAGUGAAGGCUAUUCAAGUCGAAGAGGAAGAACUAAAAAUGGUCCCUGAAGAAGAACAGAAAGACUUCAUUAACGAAGUAGAGUUGAGGGCUGCAGCUGCCGAAGCCAGAAAAGGGAAAAUGAAGAGAGUCCUUGAGCUGAGGGAGAAAGCCAAAGAAAUGUACUCCAAAAGGAAUAUUGAUGAAAGGACUGGUAAUAGAGGAAUCAUUGGGCAAGUCAGACAACAGCUUAUGAGACCAAGAGAAGAAGUUCUUGACGAAAUUAAUGGGAAAAGACCUGUGUUUAAGAAUCAUGUAGAUCUUGACAACCAAACAGAUUCUGAAGUUCUUAAGUUGUAUAAAGAGCAAAUGAUAGCUAUAAGAAACUUUAUUCUAUUUGACGAGAAGUUACCAGAAGAUACUGUAGAUUCAAAAGAUCUGAUUGAUAAGCAAAAGUAUAUCCGAAGUCGACUCGGAUUGAAUAAGCCAGAAUUUUAUGAAAGAAAUCUAAAUAAAGCAUUCAAAAUCAUUGAUAUUCUCAAUAUGCAAACAUUGUUUUUGUAUGAUCCUGAGUAUGAAAGCUAUUCAGUUUUAACAGGCAAAUAAAGCACCUACAGAUUCAACUGGAAACGACAUUUUCUCUUAUUUUAAAACUGAGAGUAGAGAAUGUGUGAACUGUGCUGAAGAGUUCAACAAAGGAGAUAUUUUAAUGAAACUUUCUGUAUGCGGACAUGCAUUCCACGCAGACUGUGCUGAAGAGUACAUGUACUACAGCAAUCAAUGUCCAUUAUGCAGAUCAAAUCUCUAUCAAAACUAACCAUUCCAAUACCCCACACAUCAUUACGCAACAGCAUUGCGCAAACAUUAAUUUAUCAACUAAACA